GGGGGGUGGUGCCGUAGUGGGGGUGUCCCCGGGGUUCCCCAGCUGACCCUGCUGCUGAAUCACUUCUCCCUCGCUGCUCAGACACCCGCAGUGGCGGGGUGUAGCUGUUUCCUGGUCUCCCGUGGGAAUCUGAGACUUCUGAUUGGCUGCUGACUGACCUCUGAUUGACACGGCAGGUCGCAGCCCGGCACCUGAAUGGAAGCAGAAGCUGACGGUGGCCCGAGGUGACGUAUGGCCGAGGAGCGGGCGCCCCGUUUUGUUCUGCCACAGCUAUAUUUGUGGGGUUAAAAGAUUUGAACUGCAGCUGAGUAAAACUAGGGCUGAAAAUUGAAGGAUGGCAGCAAAUCCUUCAGGACAAGGUUUCCAGAAUAAAAAUAGGGUUGCAAUCCUGGCAGAACUAGACAAGGAGAAGAGAAAGUUACUUAUGCAAAACCAGUCUUCCACAAAUCACCCUGGAGCCAGCAUUGCACUUGCAAGAUCACCACUGAACAAGGAUUUCCGCGAUCAUGCUGAGCAACAGCACAUCGCAGCACAGCAGAAGGCUGCACUGCAGCAUGCACAUGCACAUUCCUCAGGAUACUUCAUAACUCAAGACUCUGCAUUUGGAAAUCUUAUUCUUCCUGUCUUACCUCGACUUGAGGCAGAAUGAGGAAUGUUGUUUCUCAGAACUGCAAGGUCUGAUUUUUAUCCAUAGCAGGAACUGCCUGACUUCUAAAUUUCUUUACUUACCUUAAAACCUUUCUUCUUCCUGGAUUUUUGUGGUUGCCUUUUGGGAGUGUGAGCUCUAAUGAUGAAAAAGCAGUGUUGUUGCACCGCAGUCUUUAUCCUGUAUCCUGUUCCUCUGUCAAGUCAAAGUCAGACCUAGGACUUACUUGGUGUGUGAAGUGCAUAGUGCUUGCUCUUCCCUGUUUCUGUGCUUCCUUUACAUAAAUGUCCACACCAGAGUCGUCAAGAGAUGCACACUCUGUCAGCCUUUGUGUUUCUUAUUAUUCUGUACAGGUACUGUAUUUUACUGUAAUGAAACACAAAAGUUACUUUUGUCCAUCGAAUAGAUAUGAUUUUAUCAAAUGCAUCAGUCUUUUUUUUUUUUUACACCACCACCUUCCCCCCUCCCCCCCCAUGCAGGAACAUUGCUAGUGUGCUGUUUGCUGUUGUAGUAUCAUCUGGUCUCAAGUUCUUAGCUAUAGUGCGCCUGCCUUUUAUUUUGUUUUGUGAAAUAAGAAAAUUAAUUAAAGUGGGGAAAAGCAAUUGUUUCAAACAGUCUUUGAACAGACAAAAUAAAAGAAGUCUUUUAACUUCUCUGGA